AUGGCGGAUCUGCUCCUCUACAUCAAGGCAGCCCUCCUGGCUUAUUUCAGCUGUGCCAGCCUGUCCUGGGCAGAUGCAGACAGCCCCUCCGCCCCCGUCAACGUCACCGUGAAGCUCCUGAAGGCCAACUCAGCGGUGGUGACCUGGGACGUCUUGGAAGAAGAAGUGGUCAUUGGAUUUGCUAUUUCGCAGCAGAAGAAGGACGUGCGAAUGCUGCGUUUCAUCCAAGAGGUGAACACCACCACCCGCUCGUGCUCCCUCUGGGACCUGGAGGAGGACACCGAGUACAUUGUGCACGUCCAGUCCAUCAGCAUCCAAGGCCAGAGCCCAGCCAGUGAGCCAGUCCACUUCAAGACCCCGCGAGAAGCAGAGAAAUUGGCUUCUAAGAACAAAGAUGAAGUAACAAUGAAGGAAAUGGGAGACAAAAAUCAACACCUGCGAGCCGGCGAAAUCCUGAUUAUCGUGGUCGUCUUGUUCAUGUGGGCAGGGGUGAUUGCCCUGUUCUGCAGGCAGUACGACAUCAUCAAAGACAAUGAACCAAACAACAACAAGGAGAAAGCCAAGAACACCUCAGAAAACAGCACUCCAGAACACCAGAGUGGGGGCCUCCUGCGUAGUAAGUUUCCAAAAAACAAGCCCUCAGUGAACAUCAUUGAAGCAUGA